AUUUCGGCGCCGCCGCACACUUACCGCCCGCCACCCAAUCGAUGCAAACUUCGCAAAUAAACUCUGCAUCUAAAUAGACCAUAGCACACGUGCCAAAAUGAAGGUCUUUCUGGCUUUAGCGCUCUGUCUGGCUAUGACACAAGGGAGAGUUACGCCCGACUACUUUCCGCAAUGCAAGAAGAGUGACCCCGAAAUAAACAAGUGCAUCAUGCAGGCCAUCGAGGUGAUGCGGCCGCGCCUGCGCGAGGGCAUUCCUGAGGUGCACAUCCCGGCGCUGGAGCCGUUCGCGGUGCCGACGCUGAAGCUGGACCGCACGCAGCCCAACCUGCGGCUCAAGGCCGUCGUCAAGAACAUCCGCGCCGUCGGCGGAUCCAACUUCGUCGUCGAGAAACUUAAAUUGAACCUGAACAACAAGUACGCGGCGGAGGUGCGGCUGUCGCUGCCGAAGCUGGCCGUGUCGGCCGACUACGACGUGCGCGGCUCCCGGCUGCUCGUGCUCGAGAUCGACGGCAAGGGCAAGCUGCGCGGCAACUUCACUGGCAUAUCUGUUAUCGCUAAGGGUGCGGCCAAAGUAGUGGAGAAGGAAGGCGUCCGGUACCUGCAGGCGGACAAGAUCGUCACUCGGGUGAAGGUCGGACAUGGGCAGGUGGCCUUCGAUGACACGGAGCGACCUCUGGCAGCGGCGUCAGCGGCGAACUUCUUCAACGCGAGCCCCGGCGUGGUGCUCGACAUCCUGAGCCCGCUGGUGGACGAGACGGCGGCCGCCGUGCUGAAGGCCUUCCUCAACAAGGUGCUCGCCAAGAUCCCGCUGCACGAGUUCCUGCUGGAGGACGACCCCGCGCCGGCGCCGGCGCCGCAGCCCGCCGCUUACGACCCGGCGGUGAGCGCUUGCAUCGAGCGCGUGGCGACGGCGGCGCGCGGCGUGCUGGCGCGCGGCGCGCCGGCGCUGGGCGUGCAGCCGCUCGAGCCGCUGCGCGUGCCCAGCCUGCGCCUGCGCCAGCACCACGUGCCCUCGCGCAACUUCAAGUACGACGCCUGGCUCACCGACGUCACGCUGCACGGACUCACCAAUUACUCCUUCAACCGAUUGGAUGUUUACCCGGAACAGCUGAAGGUCACCACCAACAUCAGCUUGCCGCUUCUGUCCAUGUUCAGCGAGUAUGUGAUACUUGGGGAAUUCCAAAUGCUACCCGUUGAAUCUACUGGGAAGAUGUCUGUCAAUUUCACUGAAUGCACGGCGUCGAUCGAGGCGGCGGGCGCGCGCGCGCACAAGCGGCUGGUGGUGCGCGACGCCGCCGUGCGCCUGCGCUGCGCCGGCCCGCUGCGCGCCGACCUCAUGGAGGCGCACUCCACCACCGGCGAGAUGGAGAUGAUAACGGAGCACAUAGCGCGCAUGCACGCGGCGGAGGUGGCGGGCGAGGUGCAGCCCGCGCUCGAGACGGCGCUGGCCAUGGUGCUGGAGGACGUGGCCAACAAGUUCCUCAAGCACAGUGUCUUUAUUAAAAUGUGGAAAUUAAUAUGGCUCUUUAGUGGAGUCACUUCAGCAUUUGCGGCAAUAGACAAAGGCUUCGUGAACUUCGGUGGAUUCGUGUGUCCUCGUGAGGAGGAAGCCCUCGGUCGCUGUCUGAGAGAUGCUCUCAACGCCUACAUCCCAAAAUUAGCUACAGGAGUGCCGGAGUACGGCGUGCCGGCGUGCGAGCCGCUGGUGGUGGGCGCGCUGGCGGUGCAGCAGGCGGCCGGCCCGCUCGCCGUCACCUCGUCCUACUCCGACAUCACCGUGCGCGGCCCCUCCACCAUGCGCGUCAAGGACGUCCAAGUAGACUCGAAACAGCAUAAGAUAGUUUCGGAGCUGUACAUUCCCGAGCUGCGGAUGAAGGGCCACUACAAGCUGUCGGGGCAGCUGCUGAUGCUGCCCAUCGAGGGCGAGGGCCAGUUCGCCGGCAAGUACGCGGACAUCAACGCGGUGGUGUCGAUCGGGCUGGGGCGCGCGCCGCGCCGGGCCGGGCCCGACGCGCUCACCUGCGAGAGCCUCUCCGUCAAGUUCCACAUCGGCCACGCCGAGCUGCAGCUCGACAACCUCUUCGGGGGGGACGGGGAAUUGGGUAAAGCCAUGAACAAGUUCCUGAACGAGAACUGGCAGAAGUUGGGCGAGGAGCUGCAGACGCCGCUGGAGGAGGCGCUACGCGACUUCCUCAAACCACUAGCCGACCACGCCUUCGGCUUGCUGUGCGCCGAUGACGUGCUGGCGUCCUGAUCGUUCACACCAACACAACACAUCUUCAUACAAUCUGUUUCAUUAGAACUAGCAAAGGGAGAGAAGCGGCAGACACCGACGGAGGAGGCACUGCGCGACUUCCUCAAACCACUAGCCGACCACGCCUUCGCGAUUUCCUUAAUUCAUUGGCUGAGCUAGCCUUCUGCAUGCUGCGCGCCAACGACGUGCUGGCGCCCUGACCUGACCGACCACCAUCGUCCAUCACAACACAUCUUCAUACAAACUAUUUCAUUGGAACUAGCAGAGGGCGAAGAGCUGCAGACGUCUGAUUGGCUGACCUAACCCUCGGCAUGCUGCGUGACUAUACUACAGCGCCUUCACUACAUGCUGGCGCACUGACCGAUGCCAUCAACCACGCCGAAGAACUGACUAUUCUGCUAACUGAUAGCCUGUUAGCUUUGACCCCUUAAGACAAAAUAUGUGUUGAUUAAUCAUCUCCAAAUUAUUUAAGACGGGAGAGACAUCAGUUCGCAGACUUUUGCAAUCGUUUAUUAUGUAACAAAACACAAAACAACCUAUUUAAAAAAAUUGUACGUUUCAAAUCAUGCCACUAACCUUACAUAGUUGUGCUUUUUACACCUGAUAGUUAUGCUGUAGGUAGUCUAAUUCUUCAUUCCAUAAUUAUAUUAUGUAACAUACCUGUUUAAGUAUUUAUUAUCUAGAUUAAGACUUAAUUUAAAAAUAAAUGGUUUCAAUUCUUU